GUCAUUUGUCAACGAUAGCAAUAGCGAAAUUGUUUUGUUCAUGAUGGUAAUCCAACAUCAUAGUAGGUAUUCAUAGUUAGGUACCUACUCAAUUUUCUUACCAAAAUUCUUUUAAUAAUGUACUAUUUUGAGAUUAACCCAGCUUACCCACUACAAUGAAUUAUUGACUGUUCCGCCAAAUAAAUGAAGACCCAUCGUAAAUCAACAAGCAUAAUGAGGAAAUACUAUCAACUGAUACUCGUUAUCGUGUGCUUUAUUAGCAUCGUAACGCUCCUAAUUUACAGACACGAGUAUUACAGAUUGCGUUACGUUCUUGAAGUGUUAAAUUUCUUUGGCAAACCGGGCCUCUCCGAAAUUGAGUUCUGCGGGCCAGGGUUCAAUGCUACUCUGCUAUCAGAAAUACUACGAAACUCGUCCAUGGAAGUUCGUGAAACGCCACCACUUUUUCAAGAAAUUGACGAGAAUUUCUAUUCCUACUCAUCAUUUCUGAAGUCUUAUCAAAAGUAUGAGAAGCUGACACAAACACAUGUGCACAAAAUAGACACGAUUGUUAUAGGCAAGGCGCACGUAAAGCCUAAUUUCCGCUGCAAUUUAUGGUUAGAGAAUAAAUCCAAACCAAAGGCUGGUAGAUUCACUUAUAAAAUAAUAUCUGAACCAAUAAAAGACUUCAGAUUAUAUAUCUUCCAUUGCUCUUUAUACAAAGACAUAGGUAAGCCUAAAGGUGUGAGUUUUUACAUGAAUGAUUAUAAUAUUAAUCCAGUACAUGCACCUAUUAAUAGAGUAAUUCAAGUGAAUACAAAGCGUACGCGUAGAGAAAGUAGUGGCAUAAGAUUUGUUAAUAUUGUAGAGCCGACCAUUUGUGUGAUACCCAACCAAGUGCCAUUGGUGUCCAGAGAUGCCUUUAUAGAGUUCUUAGUGUUCCAUCACAUGAUGGGAGUGAAUAUUUUUACAAUAUAUGACAGCAUGAUAUCUGAAGAUAUUAUAAGAAGACUGAAUCUAUUGCCAGCAGACAUCACUCAAUGGAACAUACAAUUUUUCCCAUUGAAUUACCCAUUUAUAUUUGCAAAGUCUUAUGAAAUUGUCCGGAGUGCAAUCGAGUUGGAUUGCCUAUUUAGACACUUUAAAUUUGACAAAGAUGAGACCAAUAAAGCAAGCCAUGUGAUGGUUCUGUCUUGGGAUGAAUACCUAGUGCCUAGAGUUCAUACAAAUAUCAAAGCAUUGUUAAGUGAUUUUGAUCCAGCAAGGAACGUCAGGACUGCAGAGGUGAAACCUCUUUUGUUCUGUUUAAAUCAGGAAGAUGAUAACAAUGCUGAGUUUGGAUAUCCAGAUAUUAUGAAGAAGACCCAUUAUUAUAAGUUACCUCAAGACAUGAAGUCCAUUUAUGUUAGAAAUUUGGAUUCAAUGACGUCAUUUGAUGACAUAUAUAACUUGAAUUCUAGCAGUAAGUUUGUUCCUUUGGAGAUAUUGGGAGCUCAUAAGUAUACAGAGUGUAGGGAUGUGAAGACUUAUCAUCCGUAUGGUGCUGGAUAUAACGAGACUCAGAUGCAAAUGUUCCAACACAAGUUUGAAGGGGCUAUGUUGAAAUUUGGGGAGAGCUUAGUUAGCAAUAAAGUUUACAGGUUGUAUACUUCUGGGCAGAUAUGGGAGAAACCUCAUAGUGAGCCUAUAAGAGACAUGUUGUAAAAUUAGAUCAUUUCAGCUCUUAGAAGUUUGUACAUUCAGUAUGCAAUUACAGAUUUUUACAUGUAUGCAAGCUUAUUGUUUUCUAGAUCAAAUAAAUUGAAGCAAAUAAUAAUGUAUCGCGCGGUGCUGCCAUAGUUCUUUACAUUUAUGAUGUGCAUUUAUGUUACACAAAAAUAUGUUUGUUUUGUUUACUUACUAGUCAUAACAUUAAGUAAUACUUCCACAAAGAUUUGGUAUUUGAACAAAUGCAAUUUUACCUAAUUGUAUAAUUAUAGUCAUAGUUUGUUGGUCAAUAUUAUGGAAAGACUGGAGUGCCUUGAUUGUGUGAAAGAGAUUAAAGUUAAAGGUUGUGUAUUAAUUUGGUUAUAAUUUUAAAACAGAUGAGUUUCUUAAUUCAACUUAAUUCUUUUUAAUUGAUACUCAUUGUUACUUUUUUACUAGCUUGUUUCAAAAAUGUUAUAUAAUGUUGAUAAAAAGCAUGCAUAAACCAAUUAUAUGAAACUAUUUACUUUUUAUAAUAAUAAGACUGUUUUUUUAGAGAAAUCACAGGCAAUAUUUAGCAUAUUCAAUACAUUGGGAAUAAGUAUAUGCUAUUAUUGCAUAUGCUGUUAUUUGUAUAUGUUACGGCUAAACCCCGAAGUGCGGCUAGACAUAGGUGUAGCAGGUUUCAGUUAGUUAGACAUAGGUGUAGCCUACUUAUCUCCUCUCAUGACGACCUCGGUGGCGCAGUGGUAAAGUUCUACUACUGAAUCGAGAGCCACUUCUUGCCACUGUGUCCGGGUUCGAUCCCCAGUCGGGUCAUGAUGGAAAAUGAUCUUUUUCUGAUUGGCCCGGGUCUAGGAUGUUUAUCUAUAUAUGUAUUUGUUAUAAAAUAUAGUAUCGUUGAGCUAGUAUCACAUAACACAAGUCUCGAACUUUGUGGCUAUCUCAAUCAGUGUGAUUUGUCCUAA